AUGUCGUCUACGACAGAAUCAUCGGCCUCGCCUCAUGAGGAGAUAGUGUUUGACUAUCUUCCGUAUAUCGAUCAGGAGCCGUCUAACGACGUUCUAGCAGUGGUGGACGAUUUGAUUCAGGAAGAACUGAUGAACUUUAAUUUGCAUCAAUUGCAUCCGAAAUUGCGUAGCGGAACUGUGGACUUGGACAACGAGUCGCGGAGCCUGCCAGUUACCAAUGAGGGAAUUGGAGGAAUCAGUAUAUCAAGCUACAGCAACCUACUGAACGAGCAGAACGAACCAGACAUCAAGAAGAUGAAGACGGCGUUGUCAUAUGCUCAGCUACGGUACCGGACUCUUCUCCUCAACGGCCAGGAGAACGCACAGGAGAUCAACAAGAACAAGUGGAUGACGCAUUUGGAUAAUUUGAAGCAGCACCAAGAGGCACUAGAGCGCGCUAUUGAACGAAAGAGACGACACAAGGACGAAAUUAACGAGGAACGCAAACGGCAAUGCACAGAAUUCGAGCCUAUGAACGAGUAUUUGGGAACAAGAUGGACCGAGAAAAUGGAAGAGCUGAUCGACAUUGGCGUCGAGACCGCUCUUCAGGAACUGGAGGACUGA